UCGCCGCCCUCGGUCCCCAGUGACUUCACAAUGCCGGACACUCUAAUUCCGCCUGGGGUCCGAGUCGCUUCUCCGGGAGCGGCUCAAAGCGGGAGGGGGGCGCCAGGAAAACGGGAAGCAGGCAGCUUCAGCAGCCAGAAGGAGAUCGAUGGAGGAAGGCGGGGGGGGGGGAGGAAGGAAAAUCCCCCUCGCCGUGUUUUGCCAGGCCUAGGCCGGCAUCUCCCUCUCCCAGCAACUUUAAAAUACGUGAGAUCCUUUCCCCGCCCCACAGGGGGAUUCCCUCUCCCCUACAGGGUGUAGUAGUCACUCACCCAGUCCUACUAUGCCUUGCCCUCGCUACAGAGACGCCUCCCAGCUGCCACUUCUCCUCCCGGCCAAGCAAUCCUACAACCGGUGUCCAAAUGCGCCCGCGCGUGCCAUGAUGCCCACGCCGCGGUUUCCAAUCCGCGCAACAAGGCCCAGGCGGCUCUGCAAACCCCCCCCCCAAAAAAACACCACUCCUCUGCCCGUCCCCGCAAGUAGGUAGGGUCGGCCUCUUCCCACCGGCGUUCCCAAAGCGUUCGUCCCCUCGGAUCAAACCAUUGCACCUACCGACCAACCUCUCCUGCGUAUAAUCCGCUUUUGGCAAGAGGGUGAAAUUACCGGGCAAUAUGGGAUCUACAACCCUACGCAGCAGCGUAUUCAUCUGGAAGGAAGCCAGUGUGCGAAAGCGAGAGGCUUCAAGUUUUUGCCCUCCUUCACAUUCUUGCCAUGAUUGGAUUGGUCCUCCUGAUCGAUGUUCAAACCUCCGACCAGUAAUGUUUUAUAUAUCCAAACACGAAUCCCCAUUGGAACGAAGGCUUAGAGAGUUUAGACAGGAAACUCAGGUUUGGAAUCAACAGUUCUGGGCAGACCAGAAUAUAUCAUUUAGAAAGGAAAAAGAAGAAUUUGUCUAUUCCAAAUUGAAAGCCAAAGGUCUACAACUGAGAGAUGAAAAAGGCCAGAAAAUAACAUUGUCUGCAGAAGAAAUGGCUGAAUUUUACAAAGCCUUUUUAAGUAAAAACUUUAAAAAGCAUAUUUAUUAUAACAGAGAUUGGUAUAAACGAAAUUUUACCAUCACAUUUCUCAUGGGACAAGUGGCAUUUGAGAAAGCUUGCAAGAGAUUUGGAUUAAAAAAAGAGCGAAGCUGAAAGCUAGUAGGUCACAGUGCUGCAUAUAUGUGAUGAAAGGCCUAAUUAUUACUGGGAUCUUAGUGGCGACCGUGGCUGUUUCUUAAAAUCAGAUAUUUGAAGCUACAUGAAUGCAAGUUGAACAGCACUUCUCAUUCUCCUGCAACGAAGCCAACUACCAUUGUUUAUGCAACAGAAUCUUAGUUAAAAGCUUCCUUGGUGAGAGCUGAACUGCACCAAAUAAUGGAAUCUUUCUUCCUGGUUUGAAAAAUAUGUCUGUAUGCUCCAUUAUUUCAUUGCCAUCUUGAUCUACAAGGGGACACUUAUGUUCCAGAAUGACUAUUUUGUAGUAAGAAAAAGGAAAGCGCGUGAGCUACUCUUGAGGUAAACUUGGGCGGGGUGGGGGGAUUAAAUUAUACAGUCAAACCUCGGUUGUCAAACCAUUCCGGAAGCCUGUUCAGCUUCCGAAAUGUUCGACAACUGAGGCACGGUUUCUGAUUGGUUGCAGGAACUUGCUGCAUUCAAGCGGAAGCCGCCUUGGGCAGUUGGCUUCCAAAAAACUGAGCAUUUACAUCCGGGUAAACGUUCCAAAACAGAGGUGUUUGGGAUCUGAGCUUUGGCUGUACAUAGUAUGACAAAAGUACAUGAUUACAAGUGCAAAAAUUCAAUACUUAAAUUCAUUUAGCUCUAAAGUGUUUUCUAAAAGUAUAUUUGUAGACACUUUUUCAAAUUACUUCUUUAUAAUAAAGGAACUGUAAUAGUCUUAACACUCUGGGAAUUAGAUAAACCAACAGCUUUAGGAUAUAUUGUCUGUUUACUGCUGCACCUCUCGUUGAUGGCUUUGGACUACCUUGUGCUGGUUGUUUUAUUAUUAAUUAUUUCCUUUUAUUCUGAUUGCCAAUUACCCUGCUGUCAAGAGAGAAUGAAUGUAUAUGCUCAGAAAUGUAAGAGUGCUUCUAGACAUCAGUUCACAUUGGUAAUUACUUUUAGAUCGCCUACUGCUCUGCUGAGCAUAAAUGAUGUGUGUCUCUCUGUUUAGCAGUUGUCUGUUCUAGCUUAACUGAAUUUUGUGUGUUGAGCCAGAAUUAUACUGCAUGCCUAUUAUCCUGUGUCUAGAUAAAGCAUAAAUGUUCUUGUUUUAGGGAGCAUUCAGCCUGCAAUAGUCACACUUCUCAGUACAUGCAAGGACUUCAGUCAGGUUUGGCUAUAUACCAAAUUUGUUUUUUCAGAGAAGCUCACAUCAUACGCUCCCUCCAUUAUCAAAUGACAAUGAGUUUCCUCUACAUAUUAAUUGCUCAGGAUAUAAAUUUGAAGGAAGACAGCUUUUUUUGGAGGUAUAUUCAGGAGUAAGAUCCACAUACAUGCCACUUAAGCAUGCCCAAGGCUCUUCCUUCCACAUAGUUGACAUACUAAACCAUCUCAAAAUAGUAUUGUACUUUUGUGCAGGUGUUGGCUGGCAAAGCAUCAUUAAGCAUACUUUCUACACACAUGCUCUUACAUGGGAUUCCCCCCCCCCCCGCCUCACUGAUCUCAGAGUCAAAGUGCUUUUCUUUCUAGUUUAUAU